AUGCACAUUCUGAGUGAUUUUUGUGAUGUGCCGGCUCCCUUAAUUGAGUAUUUUGUUGAGAGCGAAUAUACAACGUUGAAAUUUCUCGAGUCCACGAACGUUCCUUCGCCAAGAGCAUUUGGGUUUCAAUUGGCUUUGGAUCCGGCGGACAAUGUCGGCAUAAGCUAUACGUUGAUGGAAUGUUUGCCGGGAAAGUCGUACUUGGAGCGUGAGAUCGACGCAACGGCCGAGCAAAAGUGUUAUGUGAGCAGUCAAGUGGCAGAUUUCAUGAUCGAGCUAGGCAAGCAUCCAUUAUCGAAAGCGGGAUCCCUCGCUUGGAGGAAUGAAAAACCUGAAAUCUCAGCCAUUGCGAGUAACGAUUUUCUUGUCCUGGAUAGAUACGGCCCAUUUGACGAUGCUUUGCAAUAUUUCAAAAGUAUCGCAGAUCAGUACCUUGAUUUGAUUGCUGAUAGGCAGUUGUCGGGGACGGAGAAGUAG